AUGGAACCACUACCAAAAGACAGCAGUAUCCUGAUUAUAGGAGGUGGCACAUGGGGCUGUUCUACCGCACUUCACCUCGCUCGCCGUGGAUACAAGAAUGUGACUGUCUUGGAAGCUCAUCCGAUUCCUUCGCCCAUCUCAGCUGGCAACGAUGUCAACAAGAUCAUGGAGGAAGGCGAGCCCUCGGAGACUGAUACCGAAGAACAAUACGUCUGGAACCGAAUGCACCAGAUCACGACAAAGUACUGGAAAGAAGACGAGGUGUUCAAGUCGUUCUAUCAUCCCACUGGCAUCAUCUUCAGUGCCAUAUCAGACGCCGUUUAUGAGCAUGUCAAAGGAUACACUAAGGGGACAGAGAGCGACUGGGUCUUUCUGGAUUCACCUGGAGAUUUCAAGAAGACCAUGCCGGAAGGCGUGCUGCAAGGUGACUUUCCUGGAUGGAGAGGUUUUUGGAAAGACCAUGGCGCUGGCUGGGUGUUUGCUCGAGGUGCCAUGGUUUCCGCGUUCGAAGAGGCCUCACGGUUGGGAGUCAAGUUUGUCACGGGCGACUCUGCUGGACGAGUAACAUCGCUCCUCUACUCGGACUCCAAGGACACCAUAACGGGCGCUCAAACAGCAGAUGGUACCUCCCAUCGUGCCGACCAGACCAUUCUCUGCGCAGGAGCGAGCGGCGACCUCCUUUUCGACUUUGAGCAGCAGCUUCGACCCACCGCAUGGACAUUGGCCCAUAUACCCCUGUCCGUCGAAGAAGCAGCAAUCUUCAAGAACCUACCUGUGCUGUAUAACCCCGAACGCGGAUUCUUCGUAGAGCCAGACGCCGAGAAGCGAGAGCUCAAGUUUUGUGAUGAGCAUCCAGGAUACAUCAACAUGGUGAAGACCGCUACUCCUGGUUACACCGAAGGAACUACACACUCGCAACCUUUCGCUCGCCAUCAGAUUCCAGUAGAGAGCGAAACGCGCAUGCGUAAGUUUUUGCAAGAAGCAAUGCCUCAGAUCGCGGACCGCGACUUUAGUUUUGCGAGAAUCUGCUGGGAUGCGGAUACCGUGGACCGCCAGUUUCUGAUUGACAGGCCGAAAGGGAAGAACGGCUUGGUAGUUGCGGCCGGUGGCUCGGGCAUGGGGUUCAUGAUGAUGCCCGUGGUAGGACAGUUGAUCGUCGACCGGAUGGAAGGUGUGAUGGAGGAAAGGCUGCAGAAGGGGUUGAGAUGGCGACCUGAGCAGGCGGUUGGGAGGGAUUGGCAAGCCAUUCAAGAUAGACAUGGUGGUGAGGGGAAGAUCAUGGACUUUCACGACGUCAAAGAGUGGACCAGUGGAAAGGGCGAUCGAGUGCCCAACGCCGAGCCUGCCAAAGACUCGAAGGCCUGCAACACGAUGUGA